UCACCGAGCGAAUCGGUACCGUUUGGUGGGUGUGAGGGUGAGGAAGUUGCCCUUGUCGAACAUGCAGUGCUUCCAUGCGCCCGAGUCCGCAAUGAUGCGGUUGUCCUUCUUGUCGGAGAGGGUGGCCGCCACUCGUGUCUCGAUAAUGGCGUCCCCCUCACUGCCGCCCGUGUCGUCGCUGACCUCCUUUACCCUUGUUUGUGACGCCAUGCUGAUGCCGUGGGUCUCGUCCGUGACGUACGACUCCUCGAAAACCGGCGAGUUCUCGUCCUCGAAUGCCGCAUUGGUGUGGUAUGACCGACCUCCGCCCCCUCUGCCGCGGAAGGCACCUCUGCCCCCUCUCGACGGCUGAUAGCCGCGGCCACCUCGACUGCGAUAUGCUGGGGGCACCCAUCCCCCUGACCACUCCACCCUGUUGCGCUCCUCAUCCGACUUGAGGACCCAGCAGUGCUUCCAGCCCCUCUUGUGUGUCUUCUGGCAGUAGUCGCAGAGCAGGAGGGUGAGGGGUUUGCUGUUGUCUGCCUGGCCGUUACCACCGGCGAAGCCCCCUCUACCGUUGCCACCCCUGCCGCGACUGAUGCCCCUGCCGCUCAUGUUGUUGUUGCUCCACGAUUUGACGUUCGCCGACAUGGAGAUGUUGCCGCUCUCCCUGUUGUGAUCGCCGGCGUACUCUUGCAGGCGCUGUUGGAACAGCUGCCACUCGCGGAGUGCUGGUGUGCCGUGGAGGUACUUGAUGAAGUCCUCGAGGGCUGUCUUGGUGAUGGCCUUCUUCAUGAUGCCGAUCUUCAUGAGGUCGUUCACCUCCUGCCCCAGCGAGUUGGCCUGCCCGCACAGCUUGUUGAAGCGCGCCAGCUCGAGGGGCACGUCGAUGGAUGUCAUCUCGUAGUUCAUGACGUCCUCGACCGCCUUGCUCUUCAUGGCGUCCCGGUCUGCAGCAUAUGCCGAUGCCAGCCGGAAGAAGAGCUCUGCCCCGUUGCCCUCCUUGUCCUUGUCGCCCUUCCAUUCUGCCAUCGCCGCGUGGACGAUCUCCUGUGCUCUGCCCUGGCAGCAGACGACCAGCAGGCUCCAGAGGUUUCUGAGGUUUCUGAGGGCGUUGUGCUCCUUGGUGGGGCGGCAGUUGGGUUGUUGGUCGGUCGAGCUAGCCGAGCUCGAGAAGGGCAGUGUAUCAUCCGUCUCGGUCUCCCACAGCCCAGGUGCUGCAUCCCUCUCUGCCUCAGUCAUAGGCAGCAGCGCCUCCAAUGACCUGGCCGUCAUCAGGCCGUGCAGCUUCAUGUAGAAGUCGUACCACUCCGCCGGUUCGCCCGAGAAUUUGGGCGUGUCGAGCUUGGCCAUCUCAGUCAUUGGCUUGGACGGGAAGCCGCCCGUCUGCCCUCCAUUGCCGAGUGCUGCCACCACUGCUUGAGUGAUGUCUGUCACACUGGCGCCCUGCGCCUUGGCCAUCUCUUGGCCAAUUGCCUUGGCAAAGGCCUCGGCCAUCGCCUUGACGUCGACGCUCAU